AUGUCACCUCGCUGGUUCGGACAGGAAGAAGUCAGCCCAGGCAUCGUCAUUGAACUCGAAAAGCGAUGGCGCGUUCUUAGCCAGAAGGAGGAGCAUCAGUUUCAGGGCAGCGAACAAGACGAUCCUCGGUGGAGUGGGCCAUCGUACGCUUGCAUUCAGCUCAAGGUAAAACAAGUGGGCUCUAGGAUCACUCCGCCAGUAAAUGGAUACAUGAGAAUCUACAAGCAAAUUCCUACGGAGGAGACAGUAGCUGACCGGCCCGAAAUCCGGGCACAGCAAGCUAAAAUUGUUGUUCCACCUGAACUUCGAGCUUACCGCCAGCUAAUGGACAAGGACUCAACCUUUACACCACGGCUGUUAGAUUCGAUGGAACAGAAGCAAGGCAUUUAUAGCUUUGUGCUGGGGGGUUAUGUGGUAUGGAUUGUUACGGAAGAGGUCCCAGGCAUUCGUUUGGGAAAUAGUAUCGGCAAUGAGACCUUCUGGGUUAUGAAACCGUGUGUGCGUGAUGAAAUCCGUCUUUCUUUCAAAGAGGCCUAUUUGUAA